CUGAAGUCAGCCGAAUCGCCCAAAGAAUGCACCUUCUACCUUGCUAUCUAUAAUUGAAGACCAAAUACAGAGAAUAAGAUGUCAAACAGAAAACUACAGAAAGAAGUCGAAACUAUCUUUAAAAAGAUACACGAAGGUCUAGAUCUCUUCAACUACUACUACUCGCGUCAUGAGUCGUCAACGAAUGACUCACAGCGAGAAAAGUUGGAGAGUGACUUGAAAAAAGAGAUCAAAAAGCUCCAAAAGUUCCGAGAUCAGAUAAAAACCUGGCAAGGCAAUGACUCCUUGGAAGCGACAAUAGCUUCGCUGAAACUACAAGAACAUCGAAGACUUGUGGAGGAAGCUAUGGAGUGCUAUAAGGAGGUGGAGAAGAACUCAAAAAUGAAGUCUUUCUCAAACCAGUCCAUCAUGUUAGCUUCUCUCGACAAUGGAGAACACGAAUUAUCACCAGAAGUUGAAGAUGCUUAUGAAUACUUAGCCGGAGUCACUGAUGAAUUACUGGAACAAAAUGAACAGUUAGAAAGCGAGUAUGAAAAAAUAUCGCAGAAGAAGGUGAGAAAGAACAAUCUUCUGAUAAUUGAAGAAAGAAAGCAGGAACUUGAAAACUUAAGACAGCGCAAUGAGUUUCAUAUUGCAAAAAUUGAAUCUGUCAUGUCUUAUCUCAAAACUAAUAAGAUAUCUGUGCAGCUGAUAUGGGAGAUUCAAGAGGAUUUGAACUUUUACGUUGAAUCCAAUCAAGAGCCAGACUUUAUUGACGAUGAAACUCUCUACGACCAUCUUAUCAAAGAGGCUCGUGAAAACCAAGAAAACAAGACGAACGUCAUGAAUGAGAUUCCAGCUCAUGCGGACCCCACUCUAUUGCACAAUGAAGAAUAUUCUGCUCCGAAUGGCUCAUCUGACUCGGUGACAAAAUCUCAAGCUCCUAAGCUAAAAUUCGCUUCUGAAGCGUCAGCAAGUUCUUCUGAAUCUCCUCUGGUAUCGGAGAUACCGUCUAAACAGGUGAUGACGCCAAAAGCCAAACUCACCGGCAAAUCUCUCGUUCUUGAACCUUCUAGUCCCGCAUUUGUCACUACUCUCAAGCCAGCCUCUGCGCCAUCCAAGCCUGUUGCUGGCUUGAAAUGGUCAAUUGCUGCUGCAGGUACGUCUCAAAAUGGCGAUACCCCGCCCCCAUCUCCAUUUUUAUCUCAGGAAAAAAGCGUGCCUCUAAAAUAUUCAGACAAUAUCAAGGAAGAGCCAAAUGUUGCUAUUUCAACUGAGGGCUCUAAGAUUAUUCCAGACACCUAUACGAACGAUCAAAACGAGAUUGAUGCAUCUUCGGAGUUACUUUCUCUCCUCACCAAAAACGAGGAGUACUCGCCUUAUUUGGAUGUUUUGCAAAACUCUAAUUUGGGAGUAGUUGAACUAGAAUUUUUCAAAGAUGUGGAAAUGCUUAAAUCUCCAUCUGGAAUCCAGGAGUUUGCUUCAUCCUUUAUUGCUGCAAACAAAUUAAGUCAAUCAGGUAUGUUCCUCAAAAAGCAAAUCAAGUAUAGCCCGUUCUCAGACGCUUUGAGUAAGCCAUACUUGCCUCAAGAGGGGCUUGGAAGUGGCUUGAGCUGCUUUAGGCCACCGUUAUUCUCAAGCAAGCUUCAUAGCUAUUGGAGUCGUACUAGGAUGAGCAAUCGAUUCAAUCAGUUACUCGACGAGAUCCAAUCUCUAGAAGAUCAAAAUACCCCUGAAAGCUCAGAUUUGGCCAAGGAUUUAGUGAUGGUCUUGUUUUAUGGUUAUUAUUACGGAUAUCUUCCGUUGGAGAACAUCAUUGCCGAGUCUUUGCUUCAAAGACUAGGGUGGAAGCCAUAUUGUUUUAGUGCUGAAGCUGCAGCUUCGCCGAUUUCAACGGUUCAAAAUAUUCUUUGGUUUAAGAAGAUUUCGAGAUCAGUGCAACACUCAGAUGAAGGGUUGGACAUUGACUCAGGAGACUUCAUGGUUUUUGAUGUCAAUUCUUGGGAAAUAAGCGUGAAGUUCGGUUUCAGAUUUGAUCCUCGCUUGAGCCGAAACAAUCCAGCUACAACUUUAGCUUGAGAAAGAUUUUUUUAUACUAUUGAAUCUUAGAAAGAACAAUCUAUUUAGUUUACUUUAUUUCUUAUUUUCUUGUGCUCAGCUGUGAAUUUUCUCUUAUCGAGUUGUUUCGCUUGUAAGUAUAAUUUGUGUGUGUUCACACUCAAAUUCACUACUUAAAAUUUCCAGAUCAGAUACCAAUUUGUUGUCUCGCC